UCCAAGAUGGCUGCCAAAUGACAGAAUAUUGACCGAGUUCAAACAAUUUUUGUUUAUUUCAAGUUAUUUGGUGAUUUUUGUCAGAAAUGUUCAACAAAAGCAAAGGCUGGCUUCCAACAUUUUCAUCAAAGCCCAAAAAUGCUCACUCGCUGGAGCAGCUUAAGUAUCUGUACAAUGUGCUGUGCAAGAACCAAACUGUCACUGAGCACAACAGGGGGUUGCUUGUGGAAACCCUGCGAUGUAUCUCUGAGAUUCUCAUCUGGGGCGACCAAAAUGACAGCAGUGUGUUUGACUUUUUCCUUGAGAAGAAUAUGUUGACGUUUUUCCUGCGCUACAUGCGUCAGAAGUAUGGUCGUUUCAUCUGUGUUCAGCUGUUACAGACUCUCAACAUUCUGUUUGAAAAUAUCAGAAAUGAAACAUCACUAUAUUACUUGCUGUCCAACAACCACAUCAACUCUAUUAUUGUCCACAAGUUUGACUUCUCGGAUGAAGAGGUGAUGGCAUACUACAUUUCCUUCCUAAAAACCUUGUCUCUGAAGCUGAACAAGCAUACCAUACACUUCUUCUACAACGAGCAUACGAAUGAUUUUGCCCUGUACACCGAGGCAAUCAAGUUCUUCAACCACUCCGAGGGCAUGGUGAGAAUUGCUGUGCGCACCAUCACUCUAAAUGUUUACCAAGUGAAAGAUGAUGCCAUGUUGCGCUACAUUCGAGACCGCACAGCUACUCCAUAUUUCUCCAACCUUGUCUGGUUUAUCGGCAACCACAUCCUCAAUCUCGACAUCUGUGUUCGAAACGACUCUGAUCACCGUAGCCGUGGUCGCCUAGCAACGCUGGUAGCCGAACACCUGGACCACCUUCAUUAUAUUAAUGACAUUCUCCUGAUCAACAUUGACACCCUGAAUGACGUUCUUACCGAUCAGCUCCUCAACAGACUUCUUGUACCACUCUAUGUAUACUCCCUUACCAAGCGUAAGAGACAUGACCUGAGAAAGAGAGACAGGAAGUAUGUGAGCUCUGUGGUGUCCCUCUUCCUCCUCUCCCAAGUUUUCCUGAUAAUUCGGCUCCCGCUGGUGAGACAGUUGGCUGAGAUAAUAUUUCAUGGAGAAGUGGACACAAAGUCGGACACACAGACUUCAGAGUCACCAAGAAUGCUGGUGCGGGAGUUUACCGCACCUGACGAAACCUUGGAAGAGACGCUGGGCAGUAGUCGUGGUCUGAGGCCCCGUAACUCAUCCAUUCGCAUACAGGAAGGUAACUCCACGUUCUACCGGCGGAGCGGUGUGUCUGGAGAGAUGGCCACUGCUGUGACAUCAGGCGGUGAGAACACAGAAUUUGAGUCAUCAAAUGUGCCAUCCCAGAAUUCCACAGAUGAGGAAAAGAUCCUCUCCACCCAGCACCAGGCCCUCAGGCUGGGGGGCGGGGCAACUCAGGCACAAGGGGCAUUUUCUCUAGAUAAUAGGCCGUAUUUGGAGGCCCUAUUUCAUGCCCUGGAGUGUACAGAGAAUGACUAUGAGGCCCUGUUUGCCCUCUGUCUGCUCUACGCCAUGGGACACAAUGAUGGCAUCCACCAGGGCCUCAUGGACUCAGUUUUCAUGCCAACAGACCGAUCCGAGGUGAAGGACAACUACAACGUAGCUCUGGUGGAACGUCUCAUCAGGAUUAUCACGUAUUCUACCCAGCCUGGCAGUAAGGUGCGCCUCUCCACCCUUGAGCUGUGUAUACGCCUGCUCCAGCAGCUUGUUACCUCCCCUGAUAAAUUAUUCCUGCAGGACCGACACCUGGCUGCCAUAGAGAAUGCCAGGGAAUGUAGCACUCAACUGCUCAGGAACUUUUACAAGACCCUCGACUUCGAGGCGGCAGGUUUCACCUUCCUGAACGAUCGCGUGCCCUGGCUCGAUGGCGUCAGUGAAAAGUUACCAACGUUCAGAAGUACGGUUGAAGUGUCGUCGACACAGUGUAUAUUAGGUAGCGAAACGGCGUCACUGCAAAGCUACCUUGUUUUAGAAGAAUGGAAUAGAGGCUAA